AAAAAGACUCCAUGUCACAUAUCAGGAUCAUAAAGCAGAAGCAGCGGCUGAUGAGAUCUCAAGAAGGUUAAAAUGAAUGAAGAUCUGAAGGUUAAUAUAAGCUGGCUGCCUAAGGACCAAGUAGAUGUCAGCCCUACAGAGAAUGUUUCAGCUACAGUCUCCUCCCUGAUUCCUGAGUUAGAGCAAGAAACAGAACUCAUUGUAAAUCCAUGGGAUAUUGUUUUAUGUACAUCAGGAACCCUCAUCUCCUGUGAAAAUGCUAUUGUGGUCCUUAUUAUCUUCCAUAAUCCUAGCCUCAGAGCCCCUAUGUUCCUCCUGAUUGGCAGCCUGGCGUUGGCAGACCUGUUGGCUGGCAUUGGAUUGAUUGUUAAUUUCAUCUUUGCCUACCUGCUGCAAUCAGAGGCUGCAAAACUAGUCACGGUCGGACUGAUUGCUGCCUCAUUCUGUGCCUCUGUCUGCAGCUUGCUUGCUAUCACUGUUGACCGUUACCUCUCUCUUUACUAUGCUUUGACCUAUAACUCUGAAAAGACUGUCACUUUUACCUAUGUCAUGCUUAUUUUCCUUUGGGGAGUAUCUAUAUGCGUUGGCCUACUGCCUGUAAUGGGUUGGAAUUGCCUUAAGGAUCAAUCAACAUGCAGUGUUAUAAAACCUCUAACUAAGAACAAUGCAGCGGUACUCUCCGUUUCGUUCUUGCUAAUGUUUGCCCUAAUGCUGCAACUCUACAUUCAGAUCUGUAAAAUUGUCAUGAGGCACGCACAUCAAAUUGCCUUACAACAUCAUUUUCUGGCCACCUCCCACUAUGUCACAACUCGAAAAGGAGUCUCUACGUUGGCCAUUAUUUUGGGGACUUUUGCAGCUUGCUGGAUGCCUUUUACUCUUUAUUCUUUAAUAGCAGACUACACGUAUCCUUCCAUUUACACCUACGCUACGCUUCUUCCAGCAACUUACAACUCAGUAAUCAACCCUGUAAUAUAUGCGUUUAGAAACCAAGAAAUACAAAAAGCACUUUGGCUCAUCUGUUGUGGCUGUAUCCCGCCUAGUGUGUCCCAGCGAGCAAGGUCGCCAAGUGAUGUGUGAUGCAUAGCUACAAGUGGAA